AUGUCGGCUGAUCAUUUGCAGUUCUUGAAGAACAAGUUCAUUCUGGACUUGGAAGACGCAGAGGAGGAACACACGGGGGAAAAUGAGAUCCCCCUUCGCUCUCAUUUUCUACAGAUUAGAGAUGUGUUGAAAGCAAAGGACAUCACGGCAUCCACACCCAUAAGAUUGAAGAAUUGUCUAUACAACGUCAUCAGCGCAUUAGAAGAGUGCGUGGUGUUGUCGGAGAAGCGUGAACCCCGAAAGAAGGAGGGUCCGAUGCAUGGAUACACUCUGGCCGAGCUGUGGCUUAUAUGCAAAACCAGAUGUUUGUUGCUUCAAAUAAAGAAAAAGCUAACCGCUACAGCUGAAAUGGCGGCAAGUUCAUCAUCCUCCUCCUCCUUGACAGUUAUUUCAACACCAAACCCCGAUGAAUUUCAUCCCGUCCAAUUUCGAAAUUUGUAUGAACAAGUAAGUACAAUUUUAGAUCGACUAGUGAGGAAAGGGGAAGGAUUUGAGGAAAUUGGAAUCGUGGGGAUUGGGGGCUCGGGUAAAACCACUCUCGCUCUACUGGUUUUCACUCCACUCAUUCAGUGGUAUAACUGGGAUUACAGAAUUUGGAUAUGCUUAUUCCAGAAACUGAGUGGAGAUGUGGAGUCUAAGGAGAUGAUAAAAGACAUGUUGAAGCAAUGUGAGGCAGCAGCAGUGGUGGACUCUGGGGUAGAAGUAGGAGUAGAAGAGCUGUUGGAGAUUCUGGGGAAAGCUUUGAAGGGUAAAAGGUAUUUGAUGGUGUUGGACGGCAUCUGGGACAUCAACAUCGACUGGUAUUUCAAGUUGAAGGACAAGUUGAAGUCUGUGAAUGGUGAUGGAAAUGGUGAUGGGCAUGUCAUCAUCACAAGCCGACUCCCCCACAAAGCAAGAAUGAUGAUGGGCCCUCGCAAUUUGUAUCAGAUGCAACCUCCAUCAUCCAUGGAGCAAGCAUGGCGAUUCAAGUAUGGAAGCUUAUUGGAAUACCUGAAAGAAUAUAGGUUGAAAAUGAAGGACGAGGUUCUAGAGCAUUGCGAUGGCCUCCCAUUAGCAAUGCACACAUUGGCGGCGGCGAUUCACAAGCAGAUCCUGGGAACAGAGUACAAUUGGAAAAGAUUUGUUGGGUUAACAUUGAUCAAUUGCGAAGAUGAUGCAAGGUUGGGAAAUGAGUUGUUGUUAUCAUGUUGUAGCAUCUCAUACAAGGAUUAUAUAAUUGAUGUAUCAAAGGUUCCUCUUCAUCACAUAUUCAACAAAGUUAAUGAAUAUAUAAAAAGAUCAGGUUCAAAAAACACAAUAAUUGUUUGGAGUGGGGAUGCAAUGGCUAAUCAACUCAUGCAAUUAAUCACACAAGCAGUCAGAAAUGUGAAACCUGAUUCAAAUCCAUCAAUUCUCUUAUUGCCUUUGGGAUCUAAAGCUAAUAUUUCGUUUUCACUUGGAUGGGAGAAUCAACCACCUUCAACAUUACCUAAGGAUAUGCUUCAGUUUUUACGAGAGGUGAUCACUAAACCAGAAAAGGAUAUAGACAGUUGGGGGCUUGUAAUAAAAAUGAAAUCCAUUCCAGAAGGUUUUCAGUUACCAUCUACUUUUGGUCUUGAAAGUGCCCUUGAAGCAAAUUUGCAACCUAUGGAAGGUGACAAAGAAUUUCGUGCAAUAUUUUGGAACUACUUUAUUAUUGGAUUGGAUGUUGAAGAAUCUUUGCAGAAAAAGGAUGAAUGUUGUUGUAGUUGUUAUUUUAAGCCCCAGCCAAGGAACAUUGUUCUACCUAUUUGCAUUAAAACCAAAGAUCAAGAAGGAGAGUGGAAAGAAAUGAGCAUACCCCACAGCACCAAAUCAAUAGUUUGCCUUAACUUGCCUUGCUUUCCUCAUAGACCAAAUGUAAAAGAAAAAUAUAGGAACUUUAAGGAUCCUUUUGUAAACAAUGGGCUUCUUGAAGUUAUUUGCUUUAGAGAUGCAUGGCAUGGAGCUGAUUUUCUUCCUUCCAAAGAUCGAGGGGAAUGUCUUGCACAGGUGGGAACAAUCCGGUUUGAGCUUUAUAAUAGUGCAGUCAGCCACAUCCAUAUGAGCAUUGAUGGGAAUAGAUGGAAACACCCUCUCCCUGUUGAGGAUGACAAUAAGGUGAUUGAGAUUUAUCAUUCAGGAAAAACAAGAGUGCAUGUAAAUUCCAAUUCAAAAUGCAAAUUCAAAUAGCUUGAUAUGAGGAUGUUUUUAGAAGAGUUGAGUAGUAUUCUCAUCUCCAUGGUAUAACAAUCUAGUUGAAUUA